CCUCCCUGCCCCCACACACUGUCAGAGAGUGGAGAGCUGCAGGCCCUAUGUGCUUCCUCCAUUGUCCAACCCACUUACUGUGCUCCCUGCCUAUUCAGGCACUCCACACUCAUCAUUUCAUGUCUUACCUUCCCUCUCAUAUCUCCGCCACCUAAUACACACUUCACGUCUGUCUCUCCCUCGCAUAACCCCCCUUCUGCCUCUCCCUCCCCUGUUAUUUCCAUCAUAUCCCCUCCCGUCAGUGCAGCACACUCCUAGACGUCACUGUGAGCUGCUGGGCCUGCGCCAUAUUUUGCUACCGGAGCCUACAGCCCUGACUGACACAAUAACAUACGGCAGCCCUGAAUACACAACAACACACAGUACAUUAACUGACUGACACAGUAACACACAGUACAUUAACUGACUGACACAGUAACACACAGUACAUUAACUGACUGACACAGUAACACACAGUACAUUAGCUGACUGACACAAUAACACAUGGCAGCAACUGACUGACACAAUAACACACAGUACAUUAACUGACUGACACAAUAACACACUACAUUAACUGACUGACACAAUAACACACAGUAUAAUAACUGACUGACACAAUAACACACAGUACAUUAACUGACUGACACAAUAACACACAGUACAUUAACUGACUGACACAAUAACACACAGUAUAAUAACUGACUGACACAAUAACACACAGUACAUUAACUGACUGACACAAUAACACACAGUACAUUAACUGACUGACACAAUAACACACACUACAUUAACUAACUGACACAAUAACACACAGUAUAAUAACUGACUGACACAAUAACACACAGUACAUUAACUGACUGACACAAUAACACACAGUACAUUAACUGACUGACACAAUAACACACAGUACAUUAACUGACUGACACAAUAAAACACAGUACAUUAAAUGACUGACACAAUAACACACAAUACAUUAACUGACUGACACAAUAACACACAGUAUAAUAACUGACUGACACAAUAACACACAGUACAUUAACUGACUGACACAAUAACACACAGUACAUUAACUAACUGACACAAUAACACACACUACAUUAACUGACUGACACAGUAACACACAGUACAUUAACUAACUGACACAAUAACACACACUACAUUAACUGACUGACACAAUAACACACAGUACAUUAACUAACUGACACAAUAACACACAAUAGAUUAACUGACUGACACAGUAACACACAGUACAUUAGCUGACUGACACAAUAACACACACUACAUUAACUGACUGACACAAUAACACACAGUACAUUAACUAACUGACACAAUAACACACACUACAUUAACUGACUGACACAGUAACACACAGUACAUUAACUAACUGACACAAUAACACACACUACAUUAACUGACUGACACAAUAACACACAGCACAUUAACUGACUGACACAAUAACACACAAUAGAUUAACUGACUGACACAGUAACACACAGUACAUUAGCUGACUGACACAAUAACACACACUACAUUAACUGACUGACACAAUAACACACAGUACAUUAACUAACUGACACAAUAACACACACUACAUUAACUGACUGACACAAAAACACACAGCACAUUAACUGACUGACACAAUAACACACAAUAGAUUAACUGACUGACACAGUAACACACAGCACAUUAACUGACUGACACAGUAACACACAGCACAUUAAUUGGCUGACACAAUAACACACAGUACAUUAACUGACUGACACAAUAACACACAGCACAUUGACUGACACAAUAACACACAGUACAUUGACUGACUGACACAAUAACACACAGUACAUUAACUGACUGACACAAUAACACACAGCACAUUGACUGACACAAUAACACACAGUACAUUAACUGACUGACACAAUAACACACAGCACAUUAACUGACUGACACAAUAACACACAGCACAUUAACUGACUGACACAAUAACACACAAUACAUUAACUGAAUGACACAAUAACUCACACAAUAGUGGCAAGGGAGCACAAUGACUCUGACACAGAGCUAACCCAGUACAUCAUAACAAUACAGCGCAACUGACUGACUCACACGCCCAGUGCGACUGAUACACAACAGCAACUACACACCUGGGUACGACAGUUCGCAAUGUCCCAGACAGUGCAGACCAACGGGACUCAGCCUCUGAGCAAAACAUGGGAGCUUAGUUUGUACGAACUACAACGGACACCUCAGGAAGCUAUAACAGAUGGUUUAGAAAUAGUUGUGUCGCCCAGAAGCUUGCACAGCGAACUUAUGUGCCCGAUCUGCCUCGACAUGCUGAAGAAUACAAUGACCACUAAGGAAUGUUUGCAUCGGUUUUGUGCUGACUGUAUUAUAACAGCUCUAAGGAGUGGAAACAAAGAGUGUCCCACAUGUCGAAAGAAAUUAGUUUCCAAAAGAUCACUGCGGCCAGACCCAAACUUUGAUGCUCUGAUUAGCAAAAUCUACCCAAGCCGUGAUGAAUACGAAGCUCACCAGCAGCGAGUAUUAGCCAGGAUCAGCAAACACAACAACCAGCAAGCCCUGAGCCACAGCAUCGAGGAGGGGUUAAAGAUACAGGCAAUUAACAGGACACAGAGAGGCAAGAAACAGCAGGUGGAGAAUGGGAGUGGCGCAGAGGACAACGCCGACAGCUCUCACUGCAGUAACGCCUCCGUACACAGUAACCAGGAGGCUGGGCCUAGUAAUAAGAGGACCAAAACAUCAGAUGACUCCGGGUUAGAGCUGGACACAAACAAUGAAACUGUAUCUAUUGACCCUGCUCUAGACGGAGCUAGUGAGAUCGAACUGGUUUUUAGACCCCACCCCACACUAAUGGAGAAGGACGAUAGUGCACAGACCAGGUACAUAAAGACUUCAGGCAAUGCCACAGUUGACCACUUAUCAAAAUACCUAGCGGUAAGACUGGCUCUAGAAGAAUUCCGCAACAAAGGAGAGGCCGAUCAGAUGAGCCUGAAUGCCGCCAGUGAGAAACAGUACACUAUUUACAUCGCUACCUCCAAUGGCCAGUUUACAGUGCUGAACGGCUCAUUUUCUUUGGAACUUGUCAGUGAAAAAUACUGGAAGGUAAACAAACCAAUGGAGCUGUAUUACGCACCCACAAAGGAGCACAAAUGAGGAACCAGACUUUUGUAACAAUGAGUUUGUGAAGACAGCGGCCAGCUCUUUUGUGAACUUUCCCCAGCUGUGACCCACGGAAUUCCUCCAGGGACAUAUUUAUAGUGUUAUGUACAAAAUAAAGGUUUUUUUCUUCUCCAAACUCAGACGGUUAUACACGGUCACUCAGUGCCAGGAGGCUUUUUUUAUAACCAUUUGCUGCUUCGUCAGUUUUCUGGACUCUGGUUAAGAGAGAGUUAAUAUAAACCGUAUCACCUGUUUAUAAAGAGAAUAUGAUAUUCAGUUAAUCACAGUGCAGGUUCUUAAUUUGGAGAACAAACUGUUGAUUAAGGAUCAUCUAAGUCAGGGGUGGGGAAGAAGUAGAUUGUGGUCUACCAGUAGACUGCAAGUGAAUUUUGAGGUGACCGCCUGAAAGAUUUCAAAAGUCUGCAUAAUAAGAGAAAGAUUUCUCACACAUCUACGGCGGCGAGGCUCUUCAUUUAGAAUCUAGAAUUCUAGAUAGAAUCCAGAUAGUGAGUGAAGAGCCUCGCCACCAUAUAUGUGUGAGAAAUCUUUCUCUUAUUAUGCAGACUUUUGAAAUCUGCAGACUUUUUGAAAUGGGCUAUGACGGCGAUAUGGGCACUGUACUUCAGCAUGUGCAACGCGGCUGUAGCUGAAUUCGCUGCCCCAGCUUUGGUUACAGGACCUGCCCCCUAAUCAACCUGGCAUGGCAUCCAGCCAAUAAAAUUACUUUGUAGAAUGAGUCUUGAGCAGUCUUGAUUGUGGGACUACUUAUCAUACACAGGCGCGGUACACAGAUAAGGUUGCUUGACGGUCUCAGAGUGACGGAAAAAGAGAUCUCUUGCAGUAAGUAAAGACAGAGCGCAGAGAGCGCGGCUGAUUUUUAAAGCUGUAUUAUUUGUGUCAAAAAUACAAUUUUCAGCCAGCAGGUCCUAUUUGUUGCAAAAAUACAAUUUUCAGCCAGCAGGUCCUAUUUGUUGCAAAAAUACAAUUUUCAGCCAGCAGGUCCUAUUUGUGGCAAAAUGAUAUUCUUUGUGUUUUUUCAAUAAAUACAUUAUUGUAAUUAUUAUAAUCAAGACUGAUGUUUGUUUGUUUUUUAGUUAGGUGACCACGUCACUUGGAAUAAAAUUAGAGGUAGCCCUUGCCUUACAAAAGUCUGCCCACCCCUGAUCUAAGUGAUAUUCGGGAGGAUCAAAACAUUUCUUUGCUAACGUAAGACUGAUAUUACAUUUAAAGGGACACAAAACACAUUUUGUUAUUUCAUGAUUCAGAUAAAGCAGCAAUUUUAAUAAACUUUCUUAUUUACUCCUAUUAUAAUUUUUUCUUUGUUCUCUUGCUAUCUUUAUUUAAAUAAAGCUGGAAUGUAUAAGCUUAGGAGCUGGCCCAUUUUUGGUUCAGAACAUGGGUAGCGCCUGCUGAUCAGUGGCUAAAUGUAGCACUACCCAGGUUCUGAACCAAAAAUGUUCGGCUCCUAAGCUUACAUUCCUGCUUUUCAAAUAAAAAUAGCAAGAGAACUAUUUUUUUUUAUAAUUGGAGUAAACUAGAAAGUUGCUUAAAAUUGCUGCUCUAUCUGAAUCAUGGAAGAAAAAAAUGGGUUUUGUGUCCCUUUAAGGAUAAAAAAUAUAUUCAUAAAGAUUGUGAAAUCAGCUUAGUACUAAUUUAAUUAAUAACGGAAUUUGUCCCUUAGGCUGCCAGAGUGUGACAAUAUAUUGCUGUGCAAGGCAUUGCGUCUCCCUGCCUAGCAGCAAAAGGGUGACCUUUAUUGCCUUGUAGGGUGGACGGACUUGAAUAAAUAAAAAAAGGUUUUUUUCCUUAAAAAAAAAAAAUGACCAGUUUUGGUUCUGCAAAAAAUAUUGGUACAUAAAGCACAUCCACUGAGUCUUGCAGAAUUUGCAAAGGGAAUGAAAUGUCACAUUAAAAUGAGGUUUAAGCGUAUUAGGAGGUGUACAUUGCCGUGUGUAUUUAUAAAUUUCUUGUAGGCAUGUAAAUGUUUUGUCUAUAUUCCAGGUUCUAGUUAAUCGUGCGCAAGAGGGGACACAGUGUAACAUUGUAAAUAAAAUAUUUUCAGUUUAGAAAAA